AUGAGCCACACAGCCAGCUCUCGGCAGGGGCUGGGGGACAGCUGCGCCGUGCCUGCAGCAGGAAUGGCACAGGAAGACAGCCGUCGUGCUCCAGUGCCGCCUGCCUUUUAUCAUGGUGCCAACCAAGAACUUGACCUGUCCACCAAAGUGUACAAAAGGGAGUCAGGAAGUCCUUACUCGGUGUUAGUGGACACCAAGAUGAGCGCGCCGCAUCUCCACGAAGCGGAGGAACAGCCGUAUUUCAGGGAACCAAGGGCAGUGUCUGACGUGCGCGCUGUCAAAGAAGACCGGGAGAAUUCUGAUGACACGGAAGAGGAGGAGGAGGAGGAGGAGGAAGUCUCUUACAAAAGGGAGCAGAUCAUAGUGGAGGUAAACCUUAAUAAUCAAACAUUAAAUGUAUCUAAAGGGGAAAAGGGUGUCUCUUCUCAGUCCAAAGAGACUCCUGUUCUUAAGACAAGCAGUGAGGAGGAGGAGGAGGAGAGUGAGGAAGAGGCCACCGAUGACAGCAAUGACUACGGCGAGAACGGAAGGCAGAAGAAGAAGGAGAAGACGGCGGAGAAGGCCGGCGUCACCCAAAGGAGAACCAGGAGAGCUGGCUCCGUGGCUGCGGCGACCACGUCCCCGACUCCCAGGACUACGAGAGGGAGGAGGAAGAGUGCAGAGCCGCCCAAGCGUAAGAAGCGGGCCGCCAAGGAGCCCAGAGCGCCUGUCCAGAAAGCUAAGUGCGAAGAGAAAGAGACUCUGACCUGUGAGAAGUGCCCCAGGGUGUUUAAUACGCGCUGGUACCUGGAGAAGCACAUGAACGUUACUCACAGGCGCAUGCAGAUUUGUGAUAAGUGUGGCAAGAAGUUUGUCCUGGAAAGUGAGCUGUCCCUUCACCAGCAAACAGACUGUGAAAAAAAUAUUCAGUGUGUUUCCUGUAACAAAUCAUUCAAGAAACUCUGGUCCCUUCAUGAGCACAUCAAGAUCGUCCAUGGAUAUGCAGAAAAGAAGUUUUCCUGUGAAAUUUGUGAGAAGAAAUUCUAUACCAUGGCUCAUGUGCGGAAACACAUGGUUGCACACACGAAAGACAUGCCAUUUACAUGUGAAACCUGUGGAAAAUCGUUCAAACGCAGCAUGUCUCUCAAGGUGCACUCCUUGCAGCAUUCUGGAGAGAAGCCCUUCAGAUGCGAGAACUGUGACGAGAGGUUCCAGUACAAGUACCAGCUGCGCUCCCACAUGAGCAUCCACAUCGGCCACAAGCAGUUCAUGUGCCAGUGGUGUGGCAAGGACUUCAACAUGAAGCAGUACUUCGACGAGCACAUGAAGACACACACUGGAGAGAAACCCUUUAUCUGUGAAAUCUGUGGCAAAAGCUUCACCAGCCGCCCCAACAUGAAGAGGCACCGCCGAACUCACACAGGCGAGAAGCCCUAUCCGUGCGACGUGUGUGGCCAGCGGUUCCGCUUCUCCAACAUGCUCAAGGCCCACAAGGAGAAGUGCUUUCGGGUGACCAGCCCCGUGAACGUGCCGCCUGCUGUCCAGAUCCCACUUACGACGUCCCCGGCCACCCCAGUUCCGUCUGUGGUGAACACCCCCGCCACCCCCACCCCUCCGAUCAGUAUGACUCCCGUGAGCACUCUCCCCCCGCGGCCCAUCCCCCACCCCUUCUCGCACCUCCACAUCCACCCACACCCCCACCACCCACACCACCUCCCCAUCCCUCCGGUCCCCCACCUCCCCCCGCCUCCAGCUCUCUUUAAGAGCGAGCCCUUAAAUCACAGAGGCCAGGGUGAGGACAACUUCCUGCGGCACCUGGCCGAGAAGAACAGCUCAGCGCAGCAUCACUAACGCCCUUCUCCCCGCGUGCGUUGUCUGCGAGCCGAGCGCCCGCGCCCGCGUGCCGGUCCGCGGAGACGGGGCUGGCGGGCUCUUCCCGAGCUGUCAGACCCCCCGCCUCCGCCGAGAGCCGCUCGUGGUCCGGGCGAGCCGCCGCGCCCGAGGGGGUGAACGCCAAGACUACCUUGAGCUCGCGGAGGGAACGGUCAUCCAAACCAGGGGAACCACCGAACUAAAGGCCACUUUGCUGGCAUUUUCUGGUGACUUUUAUAAAUUUCAAAUACUUAGACUUGUGGAAUUUUAUAAUUUCCUAUCAGCUGAUGAGGUAUGCCUGCUUUUAUAUCCCGGACUUCUCCUCAAAGAGGGGACAGGCCUGGUUUCCUUUGUACUAAUCGGGAAGGCUGUGAGAUUAACCCAGAGCAUUAAUUGUAUCACUGUGUAUCCGAACAAAUUCUUUUCAGCUUUUGGUGCUGGCUUUGCCACGGAGCCGGCCGUCUUUCCCAGUCUAUCCAGCAUUAGAGAGAAAGACGGGAAGUUUCUUCUUUGUGUAGCUCUCCUAACGCACUCUUUAUUUUACUACAGAAAUUAUUUUAGAGUUUUUGUAUAGACUUCUUUAGUGGUCUGUUUCUAAAAUGAAAUGUAUUUCAAUAAGCGGUGUAAUUUUUUCAGUGUAGCUGGGCCUAUGUUGUAAAAUAGAAAAAAAAAUUUUAUAAUCAGCAAAAUGUGAUUCUUAAAGAUGCGUAUAACUUCUAUAGUUCAAAGUUAUUCUUACAUCCGUACAACUCAAAGGUGCUUCAGAGACUAGCUGUAUCCGAGAGGGUCUCCAGACACCAGGUUUCUGCCGGAGGACGUUCUGCUUUCAGAUCUCCGCCCCACACUCAAGUGUGAGUGCAUUAGGCUCGCUGACAUGCCCCUUCCCGUCCUCCGCGUUUCACUUGGUGGGGUCACCACGUUAAAGGGAACGAUUUGCAGGGAGUCGCCUCUUUGCCCGGGGAAGUCACCCAAAGCUUUUGCGGGUUUUAAAAACCCAAGUCAAGCUGUUCACCAUCAGGAGGAGGAAGCAGUGGGGUUGUGUGUCCUGAGUCCUGUCUGUUUCUCACUGUCCCCGGGGCUUGCCCGUGUUCCACCUGUGGCGAGGACGAAUGGAAGUCUCACGAUACACUGCUCGUUUUGAGGUUGCUGUGUUUUUCUAGAAUUGUUGUGGCAAGAUAAAAAUAGUACACUAAAAUCACAAACGUGAUGUUGCUGACGGGAGCUGAGAAGUUGGGAUGAGAACAAAUUGUGAGUAAUAUAUCUCUUCACCGGCUAUAUCCACAACUUCGAGCUGUUCUCUCACAGUUUAAAUUGUAGCGAGGGAAAGAAAACUCCUGCAUUUUGCUGCCCUGUUCUCUGCAGAUAAUUAUGUGACAGCAGUGUCCACAGGUGGUGAGGGCAGCGUCUCUAAUGCCUGUAAGACAGGCUAUUUUUCCAGGUUUGGGAAGCUCCGCGAGAGCACGAUCGAUCAGGAGCUUGUAUAGGAAAGGCUGAAGAGAAGGGCUAACCUAUUGCUCGUCUUUAACUGAUCCGAUUUCUCUAGACUCAGUCAAUAUAGCUGAAAAUUGUGUUUUUUGGUUUUGGGUUUUUUUGUUUUUGUUUUUUUUUAAAUCUCAGAGAACUGAGUUCCAAAGCUAGAUCUGCUUUCUUUCUCUCUAUAUAUAUCUCUCUUUCUCUCUCUCUCUCUCU